CGAGAAACUUCCCGAGUGAGCAGUCGGACAUCAAAGCGGUUCGAGCAGGAACUGUAAAUAACGUAAUGAAAUUGACCAUGUUUCAAUGAAAGACAGGAGAAUGCCUUUUCCAACAACGUAUCCAUUAUUUCAGUUAGUUCGGUUAAUGUCUAUUCGAGAAGAUGGUGAUUCAGGAAAAUCACCGGUAGUGACAAAAUAUGCAUGGAUUGAGGCAGGGGAGGAUAAUUUGUUAGCUCUUUACAACAGCAAUGGAUACCUCUUAUUGCGGUAUUCAUCAUCAGGGAAAAUCCCUAAAUACCAACAGCUGACAUGGCCCCAAGAGAAACCAAUAUGUUCCAUGUGUUUUGACCCCACAGUAUCAUGGCUCCUCAUUGUAACAGAAGAUGCCACGAUUUUCAUCAUUCCUGCACGAUCAAUUCUGGAUAAAUCAGCCCAGGUUAAUCAAAUUUGGAGUUUGGAUGAUGUCACAAUCACUAAAGUGAAGAAACCACGAGGUCUCCCAUCUGUUGUUACGUGGUGGCAUACACUGGACGGUCAACAAAUUGCUAUCAUUGGCACAAAGUGCGGAGAGAUAGAGAUUGUUGACUUAAUCAAAAGAUGCAUUGUUAAUGAAGUGGAGGUUGAUGCCAGCAUAGCUAACCUUGACCUCAUUCAAGAUGACCAGCAGAUGUCCACUUAUCUCUUGAUAACUGGACAAGCAGGAAUUCAGUGGAAACUCCUGUUGGAGUCGAGAACAUCCGAGGUCCUCAAGUUUGACCUUGAAGUGUCGGACCUUGGCUAUGACCAAAUUGAUGGCCGCCAGUUGCCAGUCAUAAGCAUCACUGCCGUUACAGAGGAAACCAAAGAUGUCUUCCUGCCUCUUAGGUUCUAUCAGUUUCAGAGAUCUGUUUCAUUGAGUCCUCAGAACGCCAAAGGAAGACACUUCAUCACAGCGUACGACAACAAAUCAUCAACAUACCAGGUAUUUGAUAGCAACAUAGAACAUUCUCCGCUGUUUGUAUACAAACUUCCUCUUGGUGCUUGUAACAUUAUCCUUAGUGACAAAACAAUUUACACAACCACCAGACUGGCUGGAGAGAAAAGACUGCUAGUAAUAGCCAAUCAGAAAGCCGAGACAUCAGUGGAAAACCAGAAGGAGUUCAACAAGGAGGCUGUUUUACAGCAUUUUGAUUUACCAGCGGAUGAGAAAUUAUUGGCUGUGGUGAAGAAGUCCUUUCCAUUCUACUGGCAUGACAAGAGGGAGGAGAACUUCAAGCAGCAGAUGAUGAGAAACAAGGAGACCGGACUCUGGAACCACUCCGAGGAUAAAACUCUUGGCACGUACGGUGGAGCGUACAGAUCGUUUGAGAUCCAAAUCAAUGGUCACACAGUGUUAAAUGGAUGCCUGGUUAUCACAGACACAGCCGUGUAUGAACUUAGACCAAGGAUUUCCCCUGAGCGCCUUUUCCUUGAUCUAGCCUUGGGUAAAUCAGAUGCUGGUGUGACUGACAACCUGGGGAUAGCCCUGGGUCUGGAUGUUAACACCCUGUAUGAGUUGUCAGCAGAGAAAUGUGUUCAGAACCACAGUUAUGACAGGGCCAUCAAACUCUUCAAGUUAGCUAAGUCUUCAUUCCUGAGGCGUGUAUCAUGCUUUGCCAAGCAUGGGUGUGUACAGGAAGUGAUGUCACACCUGAAGCAGGCUCUGGGGGAUCGCUCCUCUGACCUCACCACGGUGGAGAAAAAACAACUGUCCAACAUGGCCGUCUACUGCUACAUUUACCUCUUCAAGCAAAGCUCUGGGGAGCAGCACAUCAAAAACACGUUUUUAGAAUUUUUGACCAGCAAUUUCUUCUAUGAUGAACAGAUGGCCCUUAAUUUAUUAGCAGAAAGCAACUUAAAUGAUAUUUUAUUGGAGGUAGCAAAGUCCCGUGGCCUUGUUAUGGAGGCCCUUAGUCUACUGGCCAAAUUCAAUCACUUCAUGUUACAACCAGAGAUGAUUCAAGGACUUGUUGCCAAAGGAUUUACCAACCACCUCAUCCAGGCUUCCAAAGGUGUGUUCCUUGAGUUCAUGACCCCGCCAUCAUUGGUGGACCUGUUGUGCAGUAAGCCUGAGCUGGCCCUCCCCAACUACCGCCUCCUGCAGCCUGUAUUACGCAAUCUUGAUGAAGCUCAUCUGGAGACUCUGGCCCAGGUGUUUGACCCUUCCCGAAAUCCCCUAAAAGGCCACCUCUGUAGAUUCAUGGGGUCCAGGCACAGAACCACCAGUAUUAGCUCAGUAUCCAGUGAUGGAGAUUCUGGAAUCUUGGAUGGAGGAAUCUUCAAUGCAGGAAAACUGGUGGAGUUCUUUCUGAGCGUUGUACUUCACCUGAACAAGAAGCGAGAAGCGAAUGGUCACAUUCCAUCAGUACAGGAGAUGAUGUCUGUCAGUACAUCAGAGGCAAAGCAGCGAUCUGUCAGUAAUGCCCAAGCAAAUCAGCCCGUCCAGAAGAGAAGGCGUCUUUCCUUUCAACCUCGCCCAGUAGGGACAGGUCCCCAGCAUGUAGGGGUGGUUAGAAAUGGAGAACUAUAUACUUGGGGGAAAACAUCCCAGGGGAGGUUGGGCCAUGGAGAUUUGGCUCUUGAGAACACUGUAUCCCCUCCCUGCAGAGUUGAGACCCUACACAUGCUGCAGAUUAAAGUUCUGUCCGUCUCCUGUGGUGGGGAACACACCGUGGCCUUAACACAGCAGGGGGUUUAUGGAUGGGGAUCUUCUAAGUAUGGCCAGGUGGGGACAGGAACCACCCACAUUUACAGUAGGCCUAUGUUGAUUGAAGCUUUGUCAGCCGCCAACUGUGUGGACAUAGUUUGUGGACAGUAUCACACCCUAGCUCUCACAUCAGAGGGAGAUGUGUACAGCUGGGGCUGGGGUGUCCACGGUCAGUUAGGGCAUGGCAAUAUUGAAGAUGCACUGACUCCUACCAAGGUCACAUCCUUGACCUCAUUAAAUGUGUCUCACAUACAGGCUGGACACUGCCAUUCUCUGGUAUUAACAGAACAAGGUGUUGUGUAUUCCUUUGGAUGUGGUUUCUUUGGUCAACUUGGCAUUGGAAACAACAGAAAAUCUUCAGUCCCAGUGAAAGUCCAUACACUGCCAGAAAAAAUAGCAAUUGUAGCUACAAGAUACUUCCACAAUGUGGCAGUAACACACAGUAACAAGGUGUACACCUGGGGGUGCCACCCUUACAACCUGAGGUUUGUGGCUCAUGCGGCCAGGAAGGCCCGCCAGGCGGGGAAGUUUAUGGGGGACCCGGUGGAACGUUACCUCCUGCCUGAAGUCGUAGAUACAGGAUACGUCCACGGCAGAAUCACAAAGGUAGCGUUAGGGAGUUCCCACGGUUUACUGAUGACUUUGGAUGGGGAUGUGUACAGCUGGGGGCGUAAUGCAGAGGGUCAGAUAGGGAACAACUCAAAGUAUGAAAUGAAACAGCCCAACAUUAUCACUCAGAUUAACGACCGACAAAUGGCCCAUUUAGCCUCCGGAGGAGAGUUCAAUGUUACCAUGGACACCGAGGGAUUGGUGUGGGUGUGGGGAAAGAAUGACUUUGGCCAGCUUGGAAUGGACAAGAUGGAUUCCACAAGUCCAACCAGCACCAAACACAGCCGAAUACACACUCACCACAGACACAGGGAAACCUAUGCUCCCGUUACAGAGAUACUGGUCCCCACCGUCUGUGCUGGUAUCCCUGCCCCUAAACCUGCCGGUAGGAUAAGGCACACCAGUCUGUCAAGGUCCGACUCCUUUGACAGCAGUGAGGAACACUGGCUUGGAUUAGAAAGAUUUGAUAGCAGGCACUUGGAUAAGUUACCAGAUCUCCAGUCUUUGACAGAGACCAAAUACAACCGACUUGUCAUCCUGGAAGUAUUAGAGCACCUGUCCGAGUUCUGUCACUGCCUCCAGUUCCUCAGGAGAUGUGUAGAUCUGAAGGACUGGUUGAGUGCUGUCUAUGUGGGCAUUCACAAUCAGAAUUAUUCCCAGGCCUUGACCUUUCACCUGUCUGCACUUAAGAAAUACAAGCAUCAUUAUACAGCCAAGUUUAAUGCGAUCGUGUCAGCAAUUAUCAACCUCUAUAUUCAGCUCUGUGUGAAACAAGAUCUGCCUGCUGGACAAAAAGAAGAAAGAUAUAGGAUUCUAAUUAUGGAGGUCUUGCAGUUUUGGGAGACUGAAGAAUUGGAAGCAGUAGAUUUAGAGAAAUUAUUGAGUCCGUACUUGGAUCAUCUCUCCUGUAUUUUGUCUGUCAUCAUUUUCUGGCCACGGUCAGAGAAGCGAUUGGCUGCUGAAGCAAACCUCUCAUUCUCCACAAAAUUUUCAAUGACAGUCUUACAAAACGUUAUCAAAAAACUACAGUCAGUUGACUUUGAAAAGAAACAUCCAAUAUGUCACCAAGCCUACCAGCCUUUUUUUGUGGAGAGCAGUGAAGGUCACGGCCUUGACCUUCAGCCCAGUGACAAAAUGAUCCCCUAUCAGCAGCUCUGGCAAGACGUUGUGCAGAAUCUUCAGAAAGGCACCGAGUCGCAACAGUUCAUUGCCAUGACACGCAGCGAGGUGGACCAUUUAGACGAAAAGCUUCACGGGGAACAGGUGCUUGAUUCGAGUCAGACCAAUAACAGUGUCCUGUUCACAUGCGGACAUUAUUACACAAAGCAGAACUUUCUGGAGGAAGUUUUGGUCAAGUUUCAGAAAGAACUUGCACAUGGUCAUGCCAGUGUACCAAGUAGUGCCCAAGUUCUGGUAAAGUACUAUAACAGAGGGGAUCUUCUGCCUCUGGCCUGUCCCAAGUGUGUUCUAAACGCUCUUCAUUCUGUGGGCAAUUAGCAAGAGAAUCCAUUGUGCUACGUGGUGCUAUAAACUUAAGAAACAUUUUGUUGUUAAAACUGUGAUAAUUAUUUUAAAUGAUUUGUUGCCAUAUCCUGUUAAUAAUCAGUCAGAACAAUUAUUUAUGCUAGAAAAAACUGUAUCUUUUCAUGUAUCCAAAUUUGCAAAACCUAAAGGCAAGCUUAGCUGAUAUCAUGCCAUGUUAUACCGGUAUUCUACAGAAUGUUGCCAUAAGAUUCUACAUUUAUGUACAGAGACUGUAUACCAAGUAUACUAUUGAAAUAUAAUGAAUAAUAUGUAUUAUUAUAUGUAGUUUAUGCUACAUGCUCAACUGUCUACCUUAUGAAUACCAAUGUGCAAUUUGGAAGUGAUCAUUUCCAACGAUUUUUGUUUUGUCGUUCUUUGAUUGUUGAAUGAAAUCUAAUCAUUCUCUUUGAUUUACUGUGAUAUACAUUACCCAGUGAAGUUAUGUAUUAAUUUUGAUAUUUUAAUCUUUCGAAUAUUUAGUUAUUUAUUUAAUAUAUAAUUAUGGUAAUUAUGGUAUACUGUAUGUAAUUGAAUAAAUUUUUUGCAAAUUAAAGUUUUUC